UGCAGACGACCUUCCAAAACAAAAUGGCCGCUCGUGGAUUGUUGAAAAAGACUACUGGCCUUACUGGCCUUGAAGUUGCCAAACACCCACAUAAGACCUUGAAAGUCUUGUACGAUAAAACUCUACGAACAUUGGAGAAGAUGCCAGACAAUGCAGCGUACAGAAAACACACACAGAAAAUAGUUCAAAGCAGAUUGAGUGUGGUCAAUUCGCAAAAUGACAUGAAACAGGUGGAGGAUCAGAUAAACUGUGGACAAGCAGAGGAGCUUAUAUUGCAGGCUGAGCGAGAGCUUAUCUUGGCUAGGAAGAUGCUGCGUUGGAAAGCCUGGGAACCACUCGUAGCACAACCAAACGAAAAUCAAUGGAAAUGGCCCGUUUAAUUGAGUUUUCUGUAAGCUAGGACAAUUAAUUUCAUUUUGUGAAUAGGCUUGAAAUAGUAGAGAAGGUCUUCAGACUGUGACUUGAUUGCAAAAUGUGAACCUUCCAUUGGUUCAUCCUUUAACAUUGUGUCAACUCCUCAUGUUAUCACAUUCUCAAGCAAUGUUGUAUUGGUGAAGCUCUUAGAAAAUGACAGCGUUGCUUUCACCCUUACAUUUUUUGUCCGUCUGUAUGAAAUUCUCUGAGGUCUUUAAUCAAUGGCAGUUUGUGUUAAUAGGUGGACUUGUGAAUAAAAUGUACAAAGGUGUUAAAA